AGAUACAUUCAUCAUUUUGGUCAACCCACCACCAAUCUCUCGCCCUUGGAGAGUCUUUGUAUCAUUCCUGCGGCACUUUCAGACGUCGGCCCUCGCUCGUAGGCCAUCGUUCUUCCGUGCAUGCUUCCUGUACAUGCAUCUUCAAUUCAGCGAGCAACAAUGAACAGACAUGGCUAUUCCAAUUCAGGCGCAUAUCCGCUGGGCGGGCGCUCCCAAUUUUCAAUCGAACCUCACAAGUUCGCUCCCCGCUCACAGCCCGCCAUGCGACGACGUCGUCAACUCAUGCUCCGACUGGCCUUGAUUGGCUCUCUCCUUUUGGCCGCCAUCUUCCUCUUCUUCCCCUCGACUCGUCAAGCUGUACUACCUGCGCUAUCACUAGGACUCUUUUCUGGAAGCCAACAGCUACAACUCGAGACCGUCCGAUACUACGAUCUUGCCAACGUUCAAGGCACUGCAAGAGGUUGGGAACGGGAGGAGAGAAUUCUGCUCUGCGCCCCUCUCAGAGAUGCAUCUCCUCAUCUGCCCAUGUUCUUUUCCCAUCUGCGCAAUCUGACUUAUCCGCAUCAUCUCAUUGAUCUGGCCUUCCUGGUCGGUGACUCCAAGGACAACACUCUUACUCUACUCUCUGAUCUUUUGGCCAACUUGCAGGCCAGCGAGAAGGAUGGUAUGCCCUUUGGAGAGGUCUCGGUUAUUGAAAAGGACUUCGGUCAAAAGGUCAAUCAAGAUGUUGAGAGUAGACACGGUUUCGCUGCACAAGCUAGCAGAAGAAAGAGUAUGGCACAGGCACGCAACUGGCUUCUGAGUGCAGCUCUGCGCCCAACACACAGCUGGGUAUACUGGAGAGAUGUUGAUGUCGAGACGGCACCAUUCACCAUUCUGGAAGACUUGAUGAGACACAACAAGGAUGUCAUUGUGCCCAACGUUUGGAGACCGCUUCCUGAUUGGCUUGGUGGUGAACAACCAUACGAUCUGAACUCAUGGCAAGAGUCCGAGACUGCAUUGGCACUUGCCGACACUCUAGACGAAGACGCUGUUAUCGUAGAGGGUUAUGCAGAGUAUGCCACCUGGCGUCCUCAUUUGGCCUACCUCCGUGAUCCAUAUGGUGACCCGGACAUGGAGAUGGAGAUCGAUGGCGUUGGUGGUGUCAGUAUCCUGGCAAAGGCCAAGGUCUUCCGUUCAGGUGUCCAUUUCCCGGCAUUCAGUUUCGAGAAGCACGCAGAAACCGAGGGAUUCGGCAAGAUGGCCAAACGCAUGCAGUAUUCGGUAGUCGGCCUCCCCCACUACACCAUCUGGCAUUUGUACGAGCCCAGCUUGGACGACAUUCGACACAUGGAAGAAAUGGAGAAGGAGAGAAAAGCGCAUGAAGAAGAAGAGCUCAAGAACAAGGAACGCAUGGACAAAAUCCAGUCCCAAUUCGACGACACUGCUAGCGAAUGGGAAAAGGACAAGUCGGAAAUCGAUGACGCACAGAAAGCAGCAGAUGCUGCAAAGAAAGUCGUCGGAGGUGUCAAGGAUGCUGCUGGAAAUGUCAAGGAGGCUGCCGGGAGCGUAAAGGACAAGGUCAAGCAGGUGGCUGGUGAGGCCAAAGUUGCAGCAAAGGACGCAGCUGGGGCUGUCAAGGAUAACGCCAAAGGACUAGUUGACAAGGCUGAAGAGGUAGCCGGUGCAGCUGUGAAAGGUGAGGGUGCAGCAGCCGCUGCAGUAGUAGGGCAAAAAAAGGACGACAAGCUCUAGAGUGAAACAGGAGUCGAUCAUGGUUAUCAUAAACGAACACGGGGAAUAAAUAUGUUAGUAUAUACAUUUACAAAAAAGCAGACUAAAGAACCACAGUCAUGAUGCCAGUCCCGCAGACCUGUCUGUAUG